CCCCAGGAGGUGCGGCCGCGUACCCGUUCUUCCUCUCCUACACUGACUGUGUCAUCUUCCAUACUUUCUAAAAUACUUCAUUCGAGAUCAGUGAGGGUGUAUUAAGCCUCGAAAGCGUAGAUUAGGAAUGGAGAGUGAUUAGAAAAUGGCCAAGGUCAUUGUCCCAAGUUGUGGUGAGGGCGCAGGGGUCCACUGUGGCCCAACAACACUGUCUCCCGUGGCUCUUUAAUUAACAAAAUGUAGUCAUGCCAGUGUAGAUAGUCAUCAACAUAAUGAGUUUUACAGUUGUCCAGUAGUUACAUAUGAAUGAACAAAUACAGCAUUAGUUUUCUGUGUUACAUAACGGGGAGGAGGAAAAACAAAAUGCUCCAUAUUUGAGGAAAGCGGCUUGGUAGAUAAUGUUGGUGUGGAGAUAGGAUGUUCAAUCACUCGUGUGUGUGGUCCUCAUCACAGCGACUACCCCUCAAUCCCCUGGUUGGUGGACAGCAGCGAAACACUAUGAAGGUCUCAGAGGCCUCUGCUCCUACUCGGCUGCCCACCAACACAACACAGCAAACUAUUUGCAAAAGGCACAGCCCAGAAAAUGCAAGUGUUGCUGAGAGUGAAAAUGCUCCAUUUCCAGUGCAUAAUAAACGACAGCGCACCAAAAGUGGGUCAGAUCCAAUGGAACCAUUAGCUACAUGUCAGGAUAGUGCCAUACCUCCUACAGACUGUUGUGUGAAAGGGGAACCAACUCCCCUGUGUGAACGUAAUGUUAGAACUUCUAGACUAGAGGGAGGACAAGAGAUAAGCACACAAAACAUGGAACCCGCCUGUUCUUGUACCAAAUGGGAUAGUAGUAGUAGUGAUAAUAUAGUGGCUGGAGAUUGUGCCAGAUGUGACAGUACUAGAGAUUGUAAAAAUAACAGUGAUGUGGAUUUGACUGAACAAAAUUUAGUUGCUGGAGUAUAUCCAGGCCAUAGUAGAUCUAUAUCUAAUGGAACUGCAAGUGGUGGACUGUCUCCACAUUGUGCUGCAACUUUAGAAUAUGUAACUCAGCUGCCAGAGGGAUGUUCUGGUGGAGUGGCUAACUCAUCUGUCCUAGAUCCACCAACUUUAAAUGGUGCUUGUGAACCAAAUGAAGAGUUGGAGGAUGAUGACAACUACCUUGAUUCAUCAGAUGACGAUGAAGAGGAUGAAUUGACUCUCACAAACAAUGAAGAUGAAGAAAGCUGUGGAGAAGAUGAUCAGAGUGUAAUCAGUUGUGUGACAGUUGGGUCAACAUGCUCCCUGCGGUCAGUGACGAGUGAAGCAAUGAACACAAUAUGUAUCAAUGAACAUGGAGUUGCAGCAAAUGAAGAUGGUUCAUUGCUGUACACUGAAACUCCAGCGCCUUCUCCACUGCCGUCCUUGAGUCCUAGUCUGUUCUCUCAUGUACCGCCUUCAAUUAACUUCUGCCAGUACAACGAGAAAACAGUUGAAUUUCCGUUGGUUAUUGGGAGAUUACUGAAAUGGCGAUUCACCAACAUCACGCCGCUCAUUGUUAGAAAAACCAUUGCAAAUUCUGGAUUCCGGAUCACAAAAAAAACCUUGCAGUGGUGUGGAACCUGGGGUAAGCAUAUGAAGUCCCCAUGUUUCAAAGCUGUACGGGAGUUUCAGAAGAUAAACCACUUCCCAGGUACUUUUCAAGUUGGUCGAAAAGAUAAGCUGUGGAAGAACUUCCUGCGUCUGCAGACAAAAUUUGGAAAGGACGAGUUUGGUUUUAUCCCAAAGACGUUCGUUCUUCCAGGAGAUCUCAAGGCUUUGAAAGCUGCCUUUGAUAAGGAAGGUGUUAAAAAGAAAUGGAUAGUUAAACCCCCAGCUUCUGCGAGAGGCACGGGUAUACAGGUUGUCCACAAGUGGUCACAAGUGCCUCAUGACUCCCCCGUAGUGGUUCAGAGAUACAUCAGCCGCCCUUACCUCAUCAAUGAUACCAAGUUUGACAUUCGUAUUUAUGUACUAGUAACAUCCUUCCAUCCACUAAGAAUAUAUCUCUACCAAGAUGGGCUUGUAAGAUUUGCCUCAGUACAAUACAACAAUGCAUCUACCAGCCUGAAUGACAGGUACAUGCACUUGACCAACUACAGUGUAAACAAAUCCUCAUCAUCUUAUACACACAAUGCUGAUGCAGGACAAUGUCAGGGACACAAGUGGACGAUAAAGUCCCUCUGGGGUUAUCUGAAAGCUAAAGAUGUAGACACAUCAGCUUUGUGGAGUCGAAUUGCUGACCUUGUGAUAAAGACUAUAAUUAGUGGAGAGCAUGACAUAGUGGUGCGCUCAAGGAAAAACGUUCGCUCUAGGUACUCUUGUCAUGAAUUGUUUGGAUUUGAUGUGAUAAUUGAUGAGCGACUUCGGCCCUGGCUCCUGGAGGUGAACAUUUCUCCAUCGCUACAUUCUGCCUCACCUUUGGAUCACUCUGUGAAGGGGCCACUUAUUGCUGAUCUUCUCAAUAUGGUGGCUUUCCAUAUCCCAGACAAACUGAGCCAACAGCAGCAGAUGAAUCUUCUGGGAGAAUAUAACCUUGGAGAUAAAGUGACCGGCUUGUGUCUGGAUCGUCGGUUGUACACCAGAUUGCUCACGGCAGAAGAACAGGUAAAACACAUACAAGUGAAUGCUUUGCCACGUAGCCAGUAUUUAGUGUUUGCAAUAGAAAAUCUGUCUUCUGAUGAUGUCCGGCAUCUUCUAGCAUCAGAGGAUGAAUUGCACAGAGCUGGGAAGUUCAUGCGAAUUUUCCCUACAGUAGAAACAUAUUCCUACUUUGGGUUUAUGGAUAAGCCCCGGUAUUACAACAGGUUGAUGGAUGCUUGGGAGAAUGCAUAUGGUAGCUGUAGAGAGAAAGCAAUUGAACGAUUAGAGAACUUGUGUGUAGAUAAGUUUCAUCUUCGAGUGCCUCCUGCCUUCAAGAUGCCAAAGGUCACUGUCUCAGGCGGCUUCAAGGUCACCACCAGACGGCCAUCCUCCCCCCUACUGGGGAAGUCAUUCCCACAGUCUCAGUCCUCCACUCAGCUUCACCUAAACCCACUGCCUCAAUCUCUGAAGGGGAGGAAAAAGUUAUCGAUAGCUAGAAAAGCCCGGAAGUUCAGGACAUUAGUGCACCCUCUGAAGCCAGCAGUAGUGUCGAGUUACCUCCUGGUUAGGGAGGUGAGUGCUGGACGCAUUCUGGAAGAGACGGAAGAAGAAUUCAUGGAGACCGAAGACUCCAGAACUGAAGAGGAGGAUAUGAUUAAACCUGUAGGUGGGAAGGUGGUUAAAGAAGGUAUGGAACAAAUACAGAAAUUAACACUAUGUGAUGAACCAGUAGAUGCAAAUGCUCAACGACAAGGAGUUCAGUCCAAACGUGUUGAUACAGAAAAUGCGAAUAUCUUGUAAUUUGGUGUUGUGGUAAAAUAAAUGGAAUGUAAAGAGCAGUUCAGGUGACGUUUUAAUUUGUGGAUUGGUCAUGUUCUUUCAGUAAUGUCACCUUAAAAGCUCUCAAGUAUUAAGAAUAUUCCAAAACAGUAAGAUGGUUAUUAUGUAUGGCAGUAGUUUUAAUAAUACUGUACUGUACUGGGAAGGGGAAUUGGAUUAUGCGAGAAGGCAUCAUAAAUGUCUGCCUGAAUACACACUGUAUAUGAAAUUGUGCUUUAGUGAAUUUGAUUGUGACCUGGUCUAUUGCAUCUACAUACUGAUAUAAAGGUUGGUUAACUUGGGAUAAACAUUGUACUGUAGUAUGAUAUAUGAUAAUUUGACCUUGUUUUUAUGUUUGGCAAUUGAGAUAAUAAAGAAAAUGAUAGCCAUUUUAGCACAAUAGAUAAGUAUUCAUUCUUAUUUUUAACUGGGACAUUUGAUUGAGAAAAAAAAGAAAUAAGUGAAAAAUUAUAAAAAGAAAAUAUAAAACAUUGACACCAUACUGAUGGAAUUUUCGUUUUUGGCAAGUGUGAUAAAUACUUCGGUGAUUUUACUCCUUUUCCCCACCCCAUGCCAAGCUAAAUUAAUGUAAUACGCGAACAGUUACUGUACAGUAUUUGAAUUGGACAAAAGCUCGACAUCUGCUAUUUGAAUAUUCAAGAUGAUGAAUUUGAAAGAGAAAAGAGUAUUUUGUGCAGUUUUUAAGUAAUUUUUAUCAGUCAAUUGUUGGUGUGAAUGAAUGCACCAUUUGCAGUUAGGUGAGAGGAUUCAGCUUGCAAAAUGGCCGGUACAGUAGAGUCUCUGAGUAUGUGAACCUGUGUAAGUGCGAAUAUGCAUGUACAUAUUCAGGUCCCCCUUUUAUCUAUAUAUAUACAGUAAACACUCAUUUAACCGACCUAUGGGUGGGGAAGAAAAGCUGAUAAGUAAGGUAAUCGAGGUACUUACUGUACCAAAAAAUACUUUGCUCCACUUAAGAUAAUUACAUGAGCUAGGUAAUAAUGAUACGUGAAAGUACAGGGUACAAAUAUAUAUAAAUACAGGUACAUCAUUUCCCUGUUAACUUCGUUUCAUUAUAACAUCGUUGAAAAACAAAAAUUUUAAUGUGCAGGAAAAUGAUAAAGGUACGACAAUUUUUUAAAUUUGGUGUGAAGGUGCUCAGCGCUGUGUAAGCGACCAGCGUGAGCGCCAUAUUUUAUGCUCUUCCAACAUUCAAUUAAAAUCCAAUUAAAAGUUUAUUUGGGCCCCUAGAACAGUGAGCGCUAAACAUGCAUAAUGCACCACUACUGAUUGUGGUCACAGAAAGAAGAGGAAAAGUGUUACAUUAGAAGUUAAAUUAUAUGCGAUAAAGAGAUUUGAAGAAGGAUAGUGAGUUGUGGACAUAGCAAGAGCUGUCGGUUCGCAGUCUAUAACUGUAGGCACGAACAAUUUGUGGGUCGGUUAUAUCUAUAUAUAUAUAUAUAUAUAUACACACACACACACACACACACACACACACACACACACACACACCUUUUUACACUAAAGACACCAAUGCGCAACUUCAGAGUUUGAUAUGCCACUCCUUAAUAAAUCCAAUAUCUUGACUUUUUCAUCAAAAGUCCUCACAGUAUCCACUUUUUCUUUUUUUUCUUACCACUACAAGCAUGGACACUAAUUUUCAUAUGAGGGGCCAUGAUUGCAGUAAAAUUCACCAGUAAAGGAAAACUUAUGAGAGUGAUCGCGUGAAAGAUGUUCACGGAACCAGUAUGAGAGAGAGAAGGACGCCAUGGCAAUAAUUUACCUUACAGUACCAUACAAACACCUUAAAUGUACAAAUAAACACAAAUAUUUAACCUACAGUACCAUAUGAACACUUAAAAUGUACAAACACUCAAACCAUCCUCUGGUUGACAUGACACAGUUCAGACAGGCAGUCAUGCACAGACGUGGGUGGCUGCGCUGUGUGUAUGCCAUAACAUCACACAUAGGGAAGGAAAGUGCAGUUACAGCUCACUGCCUCAAUACUGUACAGUACAUAUGUUCGCUUCCCACACAUACGCUCCCGUGUUGUUGGUUUUUUCCGUAUUAUGGUCUAUUUCUAAGCCAUGAGGGUAUUGUAAUUUUAUUUAUUUUUUGUUAUUAUCUAAAACAAGCAUGGACACCUGAUAAACAUGUAGAGCUAGCGAGAGAUGCUGGGUGGGUUGACUUGCAAGACCCAAGCAUAAGAGCGGUUCAGGGGGGUCAGAUGCAUUUAUGCAGGGUUGUGUAAUAUGGAUAUGUGUACUCUGUAACUCUACUGUAUUAGAAAAAAUCCCAUAAACAGAACUGUUCUUUAUGCAGGCACCCCAAACCUAACAAUCAUAGGCUAGUGCAGGGUAGGUUUUGUUGGUUUGUAUUGACAUAUUGUUAUUAUUUAUUUAUUUAUUUUAUUUUUUUGUAAUCGUUUGUAUUAUUAUUAUUUAUUUAUUUUAUUUUUUUCAUUGAUCAUUUUGCAUUCUGGUAUACUCAUCAUUACUGGAAUGUGAAUGGGUUAAUUUGUAUGGAUUUGAACUGUAUUGGUCAUUUUAGGUAUGAGAAUCUGCAUUUUGUUUUAAAUCCUAGUUUUAGUCUUUUAAAAAAAAAGUUGAACAUUUGUAUAAGGUGUACGUAUAUAUUGAUAAAACCCCAAGGUUUUUUAUAUGAUGUAUAUACAAUCCUCUUUUUUUAGGCUAUGUGGGCAUAAAGAAAUGUAGAUAAUGAUAUAAGUUAUUUUGUAAUGUACUGUAUAUUGCAGAUAAAUCAAAGGCAUAAGUUAAGGAGGUGGUUAGGUGUUUCACAUUAGUAACUUAUUUAUUUUCUACUGGGGUUUGUGAUGUGAGUGUUAUACAGUAUAGUAACAUACCAAUGGGAAUUGAAACAUGCAGUAUAUGAAUGGCCAAAUGCAGGAAUUUAAGUUAAAAAAGUUUAUAGCAGUGCAAACUAGUUUCAAACACCUUUUUUAUUGUAUGCAUGUGUGUGUGUGUGUGUAUAUAUAUACAGUACGUACUGUACUAAAUACUCUAAGUACAUUAUAUGUACUUUAUAUGCAUGUCAUAAAAAGACCAUUUUUAAGAAGAGAAGUCAUAGUGGAAAACUUGCAAUACACACACAUGCACACACAUGCACAUAUACAUUUACAGUAAUACAGUAUAUACCCUGUACUUAUA